AUGCGCUCUUUGCUUAUUUUCUCGUUAUGGUGUCUCUUUGUGCAAGAUUCCAUCGGAGGGGAUUCAUUAGACUUUUCCGGGAUGGGAAUAGCAACCCUGAGGAAGCCCUUCAUAAGCGACGAACAUCUGACGGAUUUGAAUCUAUCACACAACCACAUUUGGAACGUCUCGAGUGAUGUCUUCGAAGAUUUGCCAAGCUUGGUUUAUUUAAACCUAAGCCACAAUUUCUUUCCGUUUUCGCAGUUGAAGUUCAAAAACACUUCUGUGCUUGAAACGUUGGUUUUGGACGAAGCUGUCGUUGGAGACUUGGACUUCGAUGUUACAUACUUCGAAGAAGAAACAUUGGAAGACGAGUAUAAUCGGUUGCGCGAAACCAAAGCUAAGCACAAUUAUGGGUUUGACAUUACAUUCACGCAAGAUUGGACUCUGCCGAAAUUGAAGCACUUGUACCUCCGAGGGCACAAUAUUGAACACAUCAAAUUUGCUGGUGUGGAUGCUCUGGAUCUGCUGAUGCCCGAAAUCAGUCAUCUUUACUUGUCGAACAACAAGUUGAUUACAUUCGACUUGGAAAAAACUCUGCCGAUGAGUCUGCAGGAAUUGUACCUGGACGACAACAAGCUAACCAAUUUCGAUGCUGAUAACUUGAACAACGUUGCAGUUUUGGCUCUUGAUGGGAACAAAAUGAGCAAUUUUUGUGACAUCAAUGAACCGUGUAAAGGAAUUACUUUGAAGCAUUCUUACUCGUUAGAAGUUUUAAGCGUGUCUAGAAUGGGUCUUGAAAAUAUCGUGCCUGAUGCGUUCAAAUUUUUGGUAAAUUUGAUAAAACUAGACCUGUCAGAUAACGGAAUCAAUUCUUUCCCUAGUAACGCUUUGAGUGAUUUGUUGAGUAUAAAAAUAUUGUUCAUCGACAACAACGUACUUGAGGCUGUUCCAGAAAUCAAAAAUCUUAAUCAUUUGGAGAAACUCUCGUUGUCGAAGAACUUAAUCUCAGAAUUGACCGAAAACUCUUUUUCUGGUGACUUGAAACAACUCAAAAGUCUGAAUUUGAGCAGCAACAUCAUCACAUCAAUAAGUAGCGGAGCUUUUGAUAAGUUAGGGUCUUUGGAAGAGCUUGAUCUUUCUAAGAACUUGCUUUACACUUUGCCAAACGAUUGGAUUCCUGAUAAUGUUAAUUUGCAAUAUUUGCAGCUUAAGGAAAAUUUCUUCCAGAACUUUUCGAGUUUGGCUUUGGGACGGGCCAAAAAUCUUAAGUAUGUUUCUAUAGGAGGAAAUAGAUUUUCGGCAAUGGAUGUUGGCUUAUUAGCAGAGUUGCCGAAGACCGCGAUUAUUGAUUUUGAAAAUACUUUACCCUGA